GCACCUUUUUCCUUGCCUUUCAAUCCAAUAAGACCUUGAAGCCAUAGCUGCCGAUGCUUCGCUGUCCUACCUUGCCUAGAUCAUAUUUCAGCGCGCUUCCUCGAGCUCCCAAACCCACGACGUAAUCCUAUCCGGAGCUCACCUCCACCUUGUACAAAACCUACCUGCCGUCCACUUGGAUUAGAUGUAUCAAACGCAGCUUCCCUUGCUUGCCGCUCACUGUUGCCGGAAAUGCUUCGUGCCAUGCAGUCAAGCUCCAAUGAUUGGAGUUUCAUUCCAAAACAUGCAGCAGCAAGUGGUAUUCAAUUGGCAAGGAAGACUUCCUGAUCAAUCCUCAGUCAUCUUUGGGUCAGGGGUAAGCUUCAAAUUGUAGGGAUUCUAUGGAGAUACGUCAAUAUACCUAAUUGUGAAAGUGGAGUGGAGCUAACGUCAUCUGUUUUGCUUCCGUUGGCCAAACAAAGCAAGCGAGGCGUGCAGCUACUGUACCCCGUCUCCCGUGCAAGCGACCCCUCCACGAUAUGUCACAUAAAUUGCGAGAUCUCCUCAAACGUCUUCUUUCUCAUCUUGCCGAUUGCUCUCACAUCCAACUUCCCACUCGAAACUCAUCUUCAUUAUGCAAUCAGUACUAGGAGGAGCAGUCGAGAAGGCCGGAGAAGCAGUCUCUGGAGCCAUUGGCACCAACAAGAAAAUCACAGACAUGAAGCAGAAUACCAUUGACCCUACCAAAAACGACUUCCUCACCAGCGAUUUUGGAGUCAAGCAGAACAGCCAUGAUGUUUGGCUCCACGCCUCAACUGGCGACCGCCAAGGUCCUGCUUUACUGGAAGAUAAUCAUGGGAGAGAAAAGAUCAUGAAAUUCGACCAUGAACGUAUUCCAGAACGAGUUGUACACGCUAGAGGUGCAGGUGCUUUCGGAAACUUUAAGCUCUACGAGAGUGCAGAAGAUGUCACAUCUGCUGGAAUUCUUACCGAUAAAUCACGAAACACUCCGGUAUUCGUACGGUUCUCGACCGUAUUAGGCUCGAGAGGUAGUGCGGACUCUGUUCGAGAUGUGCGCGGUUUCGCGGUCAAAUUCUAUACCGAUGAGGGGAACUGGGAUAUUGUUGGAAACGACAUUCCGGUAUUCUUUAUCCAGGAUGCUAUGAAGUUCCCAGAUGUUAUUCAUGCUGGCAAACCUGAACCGGACAAUGAGGUCCCGACAGCACAGUCUGCGCACAACAAUUUUUGGGACUUUCAGUUCUUACACACUGAGGCUACUCAUAUGUUCAUGUGGGCUAUGAGUGACCGUGGAAUCCCAAGAUCCUAUCGUAUGAUGCAAGGUUUCGGUGUCAACACCUACACUCUCAUCAACACAGAAGGUGUCCGCUCUUUCGUCAAAUUCCACUUCACACCAACACUCGGAGUACACUCUUUGGUUUGGGACGAGGCUCUCAAGAUCGCUGGUCAAGAUCCUGACUUCCACCGUAAAGAUCUCUACACAGCCAUCGACAAUGGCGUCUUCCCAACCUGGAAGUUUGGCAUCCAAGUCUGCCCUGAGUCUCGUCAAGAUGAAUUUGACUUCGACAUUUUAGAUGCUACCAAAAUAUGGCCGGAAGAACUCCUGCCAGUUCGCUAUAUCGGCGAGUUACAACUCAACAAGAACGUUGAUGAAUACUUCACCCAGACCGAACAAGUCGCGUUCUGUACAGCACACAUCGUUCCCGGCAUCGGAUUCUCCGACGAUCCCUUGCUCCAAGGCCGCAACUUCUCCUACUUUGACACGCAACUCUCCCGCCUAGGUGUAAACUGGCAAGAGUUGCCUAUCAAUAGGCCGGUUUGUCCGGUGAUGAACAAUCAUCGGGACGGACAACACUGCCAAACUAUUACCAAAGGCAAGAUGAACUACUACCCCAAUCGACACUCCGUCAUCCCGCCCGCUACUGCAGCACAAGGCGCCUACGUUGACUACCCCGAGAAAGUGGUCGCCAUGAAACAGAGACUUCUCUCCGUCAAAUUCAGCGAACACUUCUCGCAAGCCCAAACAUUUUGGAAUUCCAUUACGCCAAUCGAGAAAACGCACUUGAUCGCCGCCCUGAGUUUCGAGCUUGACCACUGCGAUGACCCGAUUGUCUACGAGAGAAUGAUCACUCGUCUUACGGAUAUCUCUCUUGAUCUCGCGCAGGCUGUGGCUGUUAAGGCGGGUGCGCCAACACCGACUAAGGCUGGCCGUCCUAACCAUGGAAAGACUAUGAAGGGACUCAGCCAGUUCGACUUUACGCCUGAAGCACUAGGUCUGACUCCCACGAUCGCCACGCGUAAUAUUGCAAUCCUCGUUGCGGAUGGCUUCAAUUAUGUUGAAUACGAGACUGUGAAAGGCGCUCUGAGUGCUGCAGGAGCGAUGGUGUUUACCAUUGGCCCUAAGAGACAGCCUGUUAAGAGUUCGGGAGGCAAGAGUGUCACACCCGAACAUCAUUUUGAGGGAAUGCGCUCUUCGCUGUUCGAUGCAUUGUAUAUCCCUGGCGGAGAGCAUAUUCCCACACUCAGCAAACAAGGCCGCGUGGUGCACUGGAUCAGGGAGGCGUUCGGACACUGCAAAGCCAUUGGUGCGACUGGCGAAGCUGUCGGUCUAGUCCGCACAGCAGUAGGAGUCGAGGGCAUGGUAUUUGCAACUGGUAAUGAGGAGGCAGCUGUAGUUGACUGUUACGGUGUUGUAACUAGUGGUGGUGUGGUUGGUAGCGAGGGAUUAUUAAAGAUGGUCAAGGGUGCGAAGGGCUUCUUGGAUGCAUUUGCCUUCAACGUAAGCCAGCAUAGGAACUUUCAGAGAGAGUUGGACGGAUUGACGGAGAUGAUUGCGUAUUGAGGGUUAGUAAUCGUAGAGAAAGGUCUCAGGCGGUAUUACCUCGGGAGGCUGACGUCCGACAUUUAAAAGUAAACAAUCCAGUGUACAUGUGAAUGACAUAUCUGUUGAUGAGCAAAACAGGUAAAUAUGGAGCAUGCAGCCCAACAAUAAUGGAAGUAAAUUAUUGGCCGU